GUGAGGUUAGUUGAAUGGGAUUCUUCUGACGGAUGCAUCCCACUGAAACUCGCUUGUGUUCGGCACCAGGCAAAUCCGGCCGUCUAAAGCGCCCCCACGGCGGCUCCGUUCACCGUUAACUGCCUCUGUGCGGCGGAAGCUCUGCUGCUCAGCCAUGGCUGUUACAUCUUCCAUUCCUUAACAUCAAAUCCCAGCCAAGUUCAACAACCUUCCCUUCUCUUCCCUACUCAUUUCGUUCGGCAUCCUCAAACAACACCGCACUUCGAUUUUGUUGCUUGGCAGCGUCUUCGAAUUGGUGCAAUUCUGUAAUUGUUCUGUUUCCGGAGCUGUACAAGGAGUUGAAGUCUCGGUACAGAAGGAUUGGAGGCUUGGACUGGCCAACCUGAACAAAAUCCAAGUAUGAGAACGGGGAAAAGCAAUCAGGAAGACGACGAGUACGAUGAGGAUGAGCUGGUUGGUAAAAGAGAAGGGCCUUCUUCUACUUCCAACGCUAUUAGUAGCAUCGGCAACAGCAAAGAUGCGAAGAACAACGAUAAGGCUAAUGCCAUACGGUCGAAGCACUCUGUGACAGAGCAGCGCAGAAGAAGCAAGAUAAAUGAGAGAUUCCAGAUUUUGAGAGAUCUUAUACCUCAUAGUGAUCAAAAGAGAGACACUGCCUCGUUUUUAUUGGAGGUGAUCGAGUAUGUUCAGUAUUUACAGGAGAAGGUGCAGAAGUACGAGGGUUCAUAUCAGAAUUGGAGUGGGGAACCUACUAAGCUAAUACCAUGGAGGAACAGUCAUUGGCGCAUGCAGACUUUUGUUGGGCAUCAACAAUCUGUAAAAAAUGGUUCUGCUUCAGGACCAACGUAUUCUGGGAAGUUUGAUGACAACAACAUUUCAAUUUCACCAGCCAUACUUGCAAGCUCACAAAAUCCUCUCGAAUCCCACUCUGGCAGAGAUAUUCUACAGGAAGCUGACAUAACAAAUAAAGUUCCACAUCCUAUGUCUCUGGAAGGAAAUAUGCAUGCUUCUAUCCGUAGUGACCUUGAUCAAUCUCUCCACAUUCCAAUUUCUGAUGCACAGGCAACAGAGUGUCCCAUCACCAACAAUGCAUCAAACCAACCGGAAGAGAUGGGUAUUGAAGGGGGGACAAUAAGCGUUUCAAGUGUUUAUUCAGAAGGGUUUAUGAACAGCUUGGCUCAAGCUUUGCAGAGUACUGGACUGGAUUUGUCAGAAGCGAGCAUCUCUGUUCAGAUUGAUCUGGGCAAGAGAGCAAAUAAGGGGAUGCCUUUUGGAACGCCUAUUUUUAAGGAAACUGGGAAUCCUUCCUCCAACCACCCAGCAAUGGCAAAUGUAGGGGACCUGGGCAGCGGAGAUGACUCAGAACAAGCGAAAAAGCGGCUAAGGACAUGAUAAUCUGCACCACGAGUCCUCGGUUAUUAAUGUUGUGCGAUUACUGUUUCUAAUGUGAAUUAGAAUGUGAUGUUUUUUGUACAGAUUCGCUUCUUCUUCUUCUUCUUCUUCUUCUUCUUCUUCUUUUAAUCUUCUUCCUUUGCCUUUUAUACAAUUUCUCCAAACUCGUAUUGCUAUGAGUUAUGACCAUCAGUGUUAGGAAAUCCAAAGUUAAAAUUUGGUACUCACUACUCAGAUGUUAGAUUCUCCACUCUCCAUUGCUCUUAUGUUUGUAGUUGUAAUUACAAUAUUAAAUAUGAACCUCCCAAAAAGAGCUUUGAAAAGGAGAUAUUAUUCGGUUGUUUCUA